UACGCUAUGCUGCAUAACGCAGUGUACAUGUUGGAUUAGCUUGGAAAUGUUGCUUUUCAAUAAAACACUACUAUGUUUCGCCGUUGCCCUGACAUGGGUAUCGAUGAACACCGGAGGGACAGAGUUGACGGUGCCGGACAACGCGUUUGUGAUCACCAAACAAGUCCUUGAUCUCAUUACCGAAACUUGGGACUUGAUGGAUUCGAUAGACGAACAAGACGACAUCGGCAAAGACAACGCGACUGUGGCUUGGCCCAUCAAACAUUUGGAAAGUACGGCGUUGCGCCUCUAUGGCUAUAUCGUCGAUAAAAUCGAUGCACCUCAGAAACUGGAAACCGACGACGUUACCGCUACGGUGUUGGACGGCGUGAAGAAGUUGCAAAACACCGCGGACGGAAUAUUAAAUGGUAUCCAAAUCAGCGAUCUCAUGAUGUCUGUCAGAUCAAUUGAGAACGCUUAUAAGAUCAUGGAAGAGUACAUACGUGUUGGUAGACAUUCCGGCCAAACUAAUGCAAAUCAAAUGUAUUCAUCGUAUACUUUAAAAAAAUUUGCCGAACCAAUGCUACAUUAUUCCGUUGGAUCUCCGCCAAAAGAAAUAUUGAAAAUCCACACAUAUAUUGUUUCAAAGCAAAAAUACAACAAUUUGCAAAAACAAGGCCGCAUAUUUAACAUAAUUAAAGAAUCAAUGGAAAACACGAUUAUGCUCUGUGAUCAAAAACAAUCUGUUCGGCAGCUUUUGUUCAAUUUAUAUACACCGUUACUUCUAGUUCAACUAAAAGGAACGACAUUAAUGCAGUUUUCGUGGUUACUAUUGCAUAUACACAAAGAAGGCAGCUUCAUAUUCGAAAGUCACACUCAGUUAAAGAAGUUUAAAGAAAUGAUGGACGAACAAUUAAACGCAUUAAAACUAUCCAUAGAAGCAUCAAGUAAUGAUUAUUGGAGAUGUGACCCGUUCAUACACGUUAAAGAUGAAACUUAUUUGGAAGUCGCUCCCAUCAUGCAGGGGUUUAUCGAAAACGAAAUUAAUAUGAACAGCAAACAGAGCUGUUUGCGUACCUGCAAAUAUUACGAUGUCGCCGAAGUCAAACAGUGUUCGCCGAAAGAGUUUUGUGCCAGACAAAACAAAUGCAACGGACUCCUGUUAAAUUGUGAGUUUAUCGAUUCCGAUAUGAGGAUAUGUCAAUCGCCGCAUGGUAGCAAUAGACGCUACGAAUAUAUUCAGUACAAACGCGGUACAGUAUUGGGAGAUAACUCAAAGGGAUGUCAAGGCGUUUGGAGCAAAGUUGACAGCUGGCGAAAAUUCCUAGUAGUGCCGUGUUCUUACUGUUUUUGCUUAUGUCAUACAUCCGACGGCAUGUCCGACCACUAUUUCAGUCUCAGACCCUCGUUGUCCGAUAUAUCACAAAACAAAGUCGUCACCGGCGUGAGGUUCAGAAAGUCUAACCGGAUGUUCCAUUUACAAGUAGAAGAAGGCCUGCUAGGCCCUCGCGGUUAUAUACACGAAUUAUCAAGACGUUGGGUUGACCUACCUGGUCCUGGUUUCUCUUACACGAAUGAAUCUCUUCGAGAUGGCGUCGACUACCAUACUUUGUCCUGGACUUCCCGAGCAAUUGAUCUGGAUAACGUGGUUGCUCCCAAAAAUAUGAUCGUUACAGGUGUUAAAUUUAGAAGGAUUGGAUCACAUCUAAAUAUCGAAGCACGCAUCACGCCUUUAGAUUUUGCAACUGGUGAACUAAUUAAGCCUAAUGAGAAGAGCUAUUGGAUUGGAAACGAUAAUACCGAGUAUUCUAAAGCUCGAAGGACGGAAAUUGAUAUAAGUAAUUCAGACUUGCCCAUUAAAGUAACUACUCCGUCUAAACCGUACAUUUCAUCAAACAAGUUCCUCAAGUUUACAUAUUCAUCAAAAGACCGUGAUGUUUCUCAGACAACUCUACCUUUCAUUGAUGCACAGAACGUGGCACCUUACCCGGGCACUCCGUUAUCGGGCGUUGGCAUUUAUUUCAAAGGAAUAACGGGACACGGUGGUUAUAUAGGGCCAAAUGUAUUUACAUACGAUUUUAUUCAAAGUAUUGAUUCUAGAUGAUGUAAUACCUAUUUUAUAACUGAAGUCCGUAACAUGUUUUUAUGUGAUAUGUUUUGUACCUAAGUCUCUACACUUAAUUUUGUAUUACUAUUAUUAAUUUUGAUACUGUACAUUUUAUAUUUAUUUUGUUUAAUGAAACCAAAUAUCUAUUAAAUGAUAUUUAAUUAUGUUUAAUAGACUUUGUAACACAAAAUUUAGCUAUAAGUUGUUACAAUAUUAUUUUUUAUGUAUAUUCUAUAUUUUUAUCAUUUUUUUGUUGUGUAUACACACAAUGAAAAGAGAUGCGACAAUACAUUACUAACACAUAAUAUAUUA